CUCAGCGGAACCGCCCUUGCAGCGCUGUGCAGCCUGUUGCUGCCAAACCAGCUGGCAGUUUCAAUUCAAUUCUGACCUCUUAAUGUACUCGAAAUCCUGACCUUUUAACUUAAUUUUAGUUUCCUGUUUUUUUUAGUUAAUUACAUUCCAGUGAAGGGAUUUCAUUCUAAAAGCAUUAUGCGGAUUGUGGACAAACUCUCAAGAACUUUUCACUGUGGAAGUUCACAAAUUCAACUCAGCAGCCUCCGGUGUAGAGCCUCUCCGCGCGGGCCGCUUGCGGAGGUCAGGAUGGGUUCCCUGACGUGGACACCGGGAGCUCUGCCUGCCUGGAAAGCCACGCUUUUCUUCUUCAACAUAGUUUCAGCUGCUGUGGCCAAAAGACACGUCGUGUACUGGAAUUCAACAAACACCAGGUUAACAUCAGGAGAACUGUCCGUCCAGGUGAAUCUGAACGACUACCUGGACAUCUACUGCCCCCAUUAUCCAAACAAGGGGACCCUGGACCCCGGGCAGCCAGAGACGCUGGCCCUCUACCUGGUGAGAGAGGCAUCUUUCCAGGGCUGCGUGGAGACCAAUGGGGCCAUCAAGCGAUGGGAGUGUAACGCCCCCGAAGCUCCGUUUGGACCAGUGCGCUUCUCUGAGAAGAUCCAAAGAUUCACCCCCUUCUCGCUGGGGUUUGAGUUUCUGCCAGGGCACCACUACUACUAUAGCUCUCUACCCACAGAUGAAGGCCCUCCAUUGCCAUGUAUGAAGUUGCGUGUCACCGUGUGCUGUGAGCCCACAUCACGGGGUUCACAACAAAUACAAGGAAAUGUACCUGGAGGUAGUGUUAGUUCACUGACGCCAUCUUUACGUCCACUCCUCCUCCUCCUCAUCCUUGUCCUCUUGCUGGCUACCUGACUCCCUCAUCCGUCCCCACCGCUGACCUCACACCUGCUUUCCGUGGGAUCGGGAGUUAUUACUCAGACACCCAAUUACAAGUACAAUGCAAUCAAUGCUCAGACAGUGAAUGACACAAUGCAAUCAAUGCUAAGUUCCUGCAAAUGACACACAUUACCUUGUGGCUGUUUACCUGUGAAAUUCCAGAAAGAAUCAGGUGUCUUGUUGAAAACAAUUCUCACAGUGACUCAGGGACAGACACACUGAAUCACAGUGAUUUAUUUCCUGGUAUUUUUCCUGGCCUGUUGUAUAAUUGUGCCACAGAAUAUUGUGCAAAGAGUGAGGCAUAGUCAUAAAACUCAUAUCCCACUCUGCCAAAAGAACAAUGAGUCUGCCAGGACUUGUUCUGACAAAGUUUUCUCACUUUUUCAUCUCUUGUUUCUCAGUCCAUUUCUCAUUUUCUACUUAUUUUGUUGUAUUUACCUCUUUUUGAGUACCUGCCUCCAGUUGAAAAGUGGCCAAAUAAACACAUACUACUGCACUGAGCGCCUCAGGUUGGAGGUCAAUCAGUUAGCUGGUGACUUCUUACAUUUUUUUCUGAGUGUUGACUAAUUUUUACAAUUUUUUUUAAACUGCCUCAUUUGCACCUGAAAAGAAUAAAUGUGUCAAAUGUUUGUAACUACUUAGAUUUGGAAUUGAACGCAUUUUAGGAGGAACUAGGGAAUAUUCUGGAAUAAUGAGGCAGGGCUGCUGCGCCCCCUACUGGGAUUAAACUGGUUGGACUGGAGUUGGACUGGGUUGGCUAUAAACCCAGAAACUGGACACUCGACUGGCGCUGCAUGAUAAUAAUGGGACCUGGGACUGGGUUUGUCCUUUCUGAUUGGACCCCCUGUUGUUCUGCCUCUCCACCCCUCUCGCUGGGUCAAAAUAACAAUUCAGGACAGAGGGACUUGUGGGUAAAGAGCCAGCAUCAGCUCAUCUCGCUCCACUGAUCAUACUGUGGACCACUGAUGACAGGAGGCUGAUUGCCUGAUGCUUCUGUUGACCAAUCAGGUGUGCAGAUAUGCACACAAGCUUUUUGUUUGCUGUUUUUUUUGUUGUUGUUGUAUUUUGUUAUUUGGGGUUGUUUUUUUGUAUUUUUUACACAGGAUCAUUGAUUUUUAGUUGUUAUAGUUAAUAUAUUCUGCAAAAAUACGUAUAUUAACUGUACAAUUAAAUGUUUUAGUAACAGCUUUACUCUUAUUUAAGUGCAAAAGUCUGACAAAAUUACUUUUUUCAUACAUAAUGAAUAUUCUGGAUAUAUAUAUGUACGUAUGUAUUGGUUUGUUUUCAAUAUGCUCUGCUGCAAUGCAUUCUCAAAUUAAAUGAAUCAGUUGUGAUAAUUGUUAAAUUUUUGCCAGAUUAUUUUAAACAAAUCACUCCAAUUAACUGCCAUAAAUUCAGAAAAAAAUAUUAUUUAAUUUCCAUGAAUGAAUUAACAAUUCAUUGAUUUUUAUUUUCUCUUGAAAUUGGAGAUAAUCUGAGAGUGUAUUUUUUGUUGAAAUUAAAUGAAAGUGUAUAUAUUUAUAAAAACACUUAAUUAUAUCCCGAUGAUAUUUGAGUGACUUGGAAAAUCUCAGUUGCAGUUUAUUUCUCUUUUAAAAACCAGAUUGUUAGCACUUAAAAUCAUUUUUUCUCAAGAUAUUUGGGUGUCAGAAUGCUGUAAAUCACACUGUUCAUGUCAUUUUGUUUCCUAUGAACUUCGUUUCCUAAAUGGGUGAUAAAAGUCGAUGGUUGAAAAUUUGUUAAAUAAUUUCAGUGAUGUAGAAUUUUACAAUCAUGUACUAAUAGGAAUUUGUUUUUGAUUUGUGCAUAAUUUGUUCUGCUUUCACAUUUUAGUGAAGAAUGUAGCGUCUUCUGUGAAGAGCCAACUGCAAUCUGAGCCUUUUUUUACGCGGCAAGACAACAAAAUAAAUAUGAUUGCAUUGAA